UAUUCCACCUCUGUGACUUUGCUGGAUAGCCCAAGGCUGUGCGCUCCUUUGCUACGUCCACCCACCUCAGACACAAGAAUGACGGAUCUGAUUUCUGUCCAAGACUUCAUCUCUCAAACCCAGGAGGAUCUGAGCUCUCCAACAACCUCUUCCUUCACUAGCCACAUGGGCAAAUGCAGGAACACAGUUUGCAGCUUAGAGGAGGACUUGGAUUCAGAUCGAAAUGUCCUGCAAAAAAUGAGGAAAGCAGUCAAAGCAGAGCACACGACUGGACAAGAUCUCAUUAGCCAUUUAGAAGCUCAUAUUGCUGCCCUGGAGAAAUUUUCAGGAAACUAUCACAACAGUGGAGAUGAAAAGCUGUCAGAAGCAUUUACCACCUUUGCUUCAUUUUCACAAGAGCUGCUAGAAGCCAUCAAGAGCCUGUUGCUGAGCCUCUAUCACAAUAUUCGGUUUUCUCUGGAUUCACUGAUCAAGGGAGAUUUCAAAGGGGAUUUUAAAAAACCUGUUGAAAAGGCUUGGAAGGACUAUGAAAGCAAACUUGCAAAGAUAGAGAAAGAAAAGCGCGAGCUGGCAAAACAAUAUGGAAUGGUGAGGACAGAGGUUGCUGGAGGAGAGAUUGCGGAGGAGAUGGAAAAAGAGCGAAGGAUGUUCCAGUUACAUAUGUGUGAGUACCUAAUUAAAGUGAACGAGCUUAAAACCAAGAAAGGAGUUGACUUGCUGCAGAAUAACAUCAAGCACUGCAACUCCCAGUUCAAUUUCUUCCAGAAAUGUUUAAAGGCAACAGAGAAGCACAAGCAAUUUAUAGAGAAAUUAACUCCUGAGAUUCAGAGUAUGAAGUCAAAGCAAGAAGAGGAGAAGAAACAGUUAUGUUCCCUUCGGGAUCAGCUCAAAUCAGCAUUGCAGUUGGAACCCAGAGAGCAGAAUUCUGUAAGCAAGCCAGUGAGGUAUAGCAUGCAUCAGCUCCAGGGAAAUAAGCAGUAUGGCACAGAGAGAUCUGGGAACCUCUUUAAGAAAAGUGAUGGCUUAAGGAAAGUCUGGCAGAAGAGAAAGUGCACAGUCAGGAAUGGCUAUCUUACCAUUUCACACAGUACAUUAAAUCGUCUUCCGGUGAAGCUGAAUUUGCUCACUUGUCAAGUUAAACCAAAUGCGGAUGACAAGAAAUGUUUUGAUCUUAUUGCACAUAAUCGGACCUAUCAUUUCCUGGCAGAGGAUGAACAAGAAUGUAAUAUAUGGAUCUCUGUUUUGAGUAACAGUAAAGAAGAAGCUUUGAACGUUGCCUUCAAACAGGCCCACAACAAGGACGAAUACAACACGGAGAAUCUAACUGGAGCAAUAAUUGAGGAAAUAAAGCAAAUGCCAGGAAACAACAUUUGCUGUGAUUGCUCAACACCAGAUCCAGCAUGGCUCUCCAUUAAUUUGGGGAUCUUAAUUUGCAUUGAAUGUUCUGGGAUUCAUCGAGAGUUGGGUGUUCAUCACUCCCGCAUCCAAUCAUUAGCCUUGGACAAAUUGGCCACCUCAGAGCUUCUGUUGGCUAAAAAUAUUGGAAACUUACGAUUUAAUGACAUAGUGGAAGCCAACCUUCCCAAUUCAUCUUCAAAGCCAACUAAGGAAAGUGCAAUGGCUCAUCGGAAACUGUUCAUAAUUUCGAAGUAUGUUGAUAGGAAGUAUGUUGUUCCAAGGAUCAUGAGGAGUCCAGUUGCCAAGCUCAAGAAUUUGGAGAAUGCUGUCAAAGAGAAGGAUAUAUUUAUUUUGCUUCAAGCAUAUGCAGAAAAAAUGGAGUUAAGUGAGCCUGUUUUGGAAUUUAGCCAGGAACCUAGAGAGACACUUCUUCAUCUGGCAGUCCUAGGUAGUGACCGAACUUCUUUGCAUAUUGUAGAUUUUCUGGUGCAGAACAGUGGGAGCCUGCUGAAACAGACAUCCAAGGGAAAUACUCCCCUUCAUUAUUGUAGCCUUCAUAAUAAACCUGAAUGCCUAAAACUCCUUCUGCGAGCAAAAGCCAACAUCAAAAUCACUAAUGAAGCUGGAGAGACAGCCCUUGAUAUUGCUAAGCUACUGAAUCACACUACAUGUGAAGAUCUGCUAUUGCAGGCUGAAAAUAAUCAGUUCAAUAUGCGGGCCCAUGUUGAAUAUGAAUGGCAGCCAGGCCAAGAGGAAAUGUUUGAAAGUGAUGAUGAAUUGGAUGAAAAGCUCUGUCUGGUGAAAAAAGAUCGCUUUCAUCGCCCACAAAGCUGCUACAAUGUUCUUGGGACAGCCUCUCAGUCAUGGAAGAAUCCAGCUGACUUUUUCAGAGGGACCAACCCAGCAUCCCAGGACAAAUGCCAUGAUUUAUAUGCUAUACCACAUGCCUCUAGAUCUGCUGAAAUAGCAUCUCCUCCCACUUAUGCCUGUUCAGGCCCUCCACUGCCACCACGCAAUGCACCCAGAGCCCCCAGCUUCCCUCCGCCAUUACCCCCAACCGGCAAACCUGCCUAUCUUGUAAAUACAGCAACUGAAAGAGCUGUGCCUCCACCUCUGACCAUUAGGCAUAAGCGGACCUCUUCAGAGCCUGUCCCCUCAACGCCACUGAAUCACAGUCCUUCUGAUGAUUCUAGAUCUUUCUCACUUCCAAGGCGCUGCUCUCCAGAAGGAGCUUCUCCUAGGAGUUUCAGUUCUCAGCCAUCUGAACUCUCUGAAGAUUCCUGGCAGCAAGCUGCCUCAGAAGGAAUGAAUGUUCCUUCUGAGCUAAACCAAAACUCAAGAGAGAAUCACUGGGCUUCUUCUCGGUCUUCUGAAUCAUCAGAUGACAUCCCUCCACCACUGCCCAAAAGGGGAUUCAUGAAUACAUCCUGUCUUCAUCGUGUCAGAGCCCUCUAUGAUUGUGAGGCUGAUCAUGAAGAUGAACUCACUUUCACAGCUGGAGAAAUCAUUAUAGUAGAAGGAAAAGAGGACUCCAACUGGUGGCAUGGCACGAUCGAAGGAUGCCCUCACAGAAAAGGUGUCUUCCCAGUGUCAUUUGUUUAUAUACUACCUGAAUAAGAAUACAUCUAAUUCACUCAAAGUACAAUUCACUCUACUGUAAUAGGGCCUCCUGCCCUCUCAAAGCACAAUCAAUAGUUGUAAAGAAACACUUACUGGCGUUAAAAUCAUUGGUAUUGAAAUGUCAUAUAGAGCAGUGGUCUCCAACCUUGGCAACUUUAAGACCUGUGGACUUCAACUCCCAGAGCUGGCUGAGGAAUUCUUGGAGUUGAAGUCCACAAGUCUUAAAGUUGCCAAGCUUGGAGACCACUGAUAUAGAGAACUAACAUCUCCUCCUCAAGUCAUUGGCAAGAAUUCCAUUGAAUUUUUAAAAAAAAUGAUGCCAGAACUGCAAGAGAUGUUUGAUGAUGUUCAUCAAACAUACAUGUGUUAAUGGUGCAAUUUCUUGCUGUCACUGUUUGUGCAUGAAUGCAAGCAGUACGUGGGUACCUUUCAAACGCCACUAUCAUCCAGCUGUUAAGCUAAAGAAUGAUUUAAGCAAAAAUAUUUCACUGUCCAAAAUUUACCAGUGUACAUAUUAAUAUAAUUCACAAUAAUAAGAGAUAAAGAAAGAGAAGAAAUGAAUCAAACAUGUCAUAAGAAGAUAAUGCCUGUGGCUAUUGCUUAUUUCUAAAUGUC